AUGAAAAUAAGGAAACACCAAUCAUCACCUGCGGAUGAUGAAGAGGCGUCGGAUAAAUCAUUUCAAGGAGGGCUACCUAAUACACAGGAAUCCCUGAUGAUUUCUUUUGAUAUGCUCCAAGAAGACAGGUUACAUUCGAUUCGCCACAGGCAGAAUUACCAAGACUUGAAAGAUGCUUAUCAACAGCUCCAAGCCUCACAUUCCAAACUGGAUUCUGAACUGGCACUGAAAAUCAAAGAGGAACAACUAACGGGACAGAAGCAUGCACGGGAAAUCGGUGAACUCCAAACGAAAUAUCAAAAGCUAGAGAAGGCUUACGAAGAAGCCUGUCGAUCACAAGUCACAAAGGAACGCUUGGAAAUGGUCAAACUUCAGGUCACACAAGAUGUUGAACAGGUAUACAGAAGUCAGAUCGCUGAGGCACAUGCUGGAAUUGCUGCAGCACGUAACGAGAAUAUUCGUCUUCGAGAAGAGGCUGACAAAGCUACCACUGAACUCGAACGUGAACGUGCUGAGUUUCAAGCAAUCAUAGAACAGAACAGAGUGAUCUACGAUGCGGAAAUUUCUAACCUGCGUAAAAUCAAAGAAGAUUUGAACUCGCGCAUUAAACGGCUAACAGCGGAUGAAAUAUCAAGAUCGCAAGAUGCCGGUAAAGAGAAUGCACAACUUGCUGCUAAGUAUGAGCUUGUCUCAAAGGAAUUGGAGGAACAGAAACAACUACGCAAAACCGAAAGGGAGAAAAUUCAAACUGAGAAUCACACAUUGAGGAACACCUGUUCGGAUUUGAAAGCGGAAAAUCAGGAGGUGCGGGCCGAGCGAGAUAGCCUGAAGAAUCAGCUUCGGCUACUGAGGACGGAAUACAAUGCACUUCGCUCGGAGUUUGAGGAAGAACGUCAGCGCUCGGCGACGGCGGUACGUUCAUCAACCGAAGCGGAACAACGCCUAACAAAUCUAACCCAUAAAACUCGAAUCGAGCUGUCCAAUCUGCGACUAGAGGCACAACAACAGCGAGCAGAAAUUGAAAAACAAAGGGACGAUUUUAUUCUCAAGUGUCAGACUCUUGAACGUGACCUUCAGCUAAUGGGCGACCGAUGUCAACAGGUGGAGUCGUCUUCAGCAAAACGAGAACUGGAAGCCACCGAGCGCGAAACUGCUGUUCGAGAAGAACUAGGCACCGAAAUCAUAAGGUUGGAGGCUAAAGUAUCACAACUGACCCAGCAGCUGCGAAUAACACAACAUGCUCUGAAUUCUGAAGAAACUGCUCAGAAGUCGAUCAAACCAAAGGAUGAUGAAGAAAGCUUACGAAUGAGACGUGAACUUGACGAAUUAAACGGACGUUUGAUACAGGUGCAAGAAUGCAACCGUCGGUUGGCGGAGAAACUUGAAAAUUCCAUCGCAAAGUCUGUUCCAACCGGCAAGGAAGACAGGCAGCUGAACGCGAUGCAGCUUUCGAUAAAGGAUGCUGAAAACCGACAGCUACGAGACACCAAUCAGGAACUGCAGCAGCAGCUCGCAUCUAAAAAACGAACGUUGCAAGAACGUAUAAAGCAGAUGAAAAAAGAGACUCAGUUGCAACAACUUGAGCUUGAGAAACUGCGCGCUGAAAAUGAUCUGUUACGCAAAAAUGUGCCACAGGCGGAGUACGAACGAAUUCGCUCUAUACUUCAGGAUUUACGCAAACGGCACGAAGAAUAUGAAGACAUAAUUUUUGGGCCACCGCUUUCCUUGUUCUUAUUCUCAAGCGCAAAGCAAGGCGGUUUUGGUAAAGGGGACUACCCAACAAGAGAACCCCUCGAUGCAACAAGUCCCCCUUUCCAAGUCCCAAUCACCCUCGGGAGAUCAAACACACUAACGAGAGGAGAUCUUCGAGAAAGUGGCGGAACUAUUCAACAGGCGGCGGCGUUUUCGACCGAGCAACUUAUUACUCCUACACUGUCGCAAACGUAGAUAUCCUGUACUGUUUUCGUGAAGUUUCCCCCAUCGUAGGUGUGAUUACCGGUGAAAAUCUUGCAGCCCGUGUUUCAUAUAUCGACCUAUGUUUGGAAGUGAUUAUUCAAACUACAAAUCAGUGAAUAGAAAU